CGGCUGGUGCGGCGGCGUCGCGGUGUCUGGCAGCGCUGGUGGGCUGGCGGGGCGCACUCAGAGGCGCGCGUUCGCUCCGGCUGACCAGCGCGCGGCCCGCACGACCAGAUUUGUUUGUCGGCGGUGGUGGUCGUUCGUCAGCUGGCACCGGAGACGCCUCGCAGUCUCGCGCGUGCCGCCCCCGCAACCCCAGCUGGAUCUGCAAAACUACCUGCGCCAACUCGAGCUCAUCCGCAUGGAGUCUGUCAGGGACAAUAUCAGCACCGACGACAAGGACGACGACGCUGGACCGUCGCAACAGCUGCUGACCGCUUCGCCAGCAGUUGGUCCAGCGCGUCGUCAGUCGUCGUCAGCACGUCGACACCACAUCAGGAGCGGAGAGAUGGCUCAACCCAAUCGCGACUGCUGCCAAAAGGCGCUUAAAGAAAAUGCGCUCACCAUUUUCACCGUGGCUGGCGUCAUUGCCGGCACCGUCUUAGGCAUCAGUUUACGCGCCUCAAGAGAAGAGAAAUGGACGCCGCGCGAGAUAAUGUACGUGAGCUACAUCGGCGACCUGUUCCUGCGGAUGCUCAAGUCUCUGAUCCUGCCGCUGAUCGUGGCCUCGCUGAUCUCGGCCAUCGGCUCGCUCGACCUGAGUCUGUCGGGCCGAAUCGGCGGGCGCGCCAUCAUCUACUACCUGACCACCACCAUUUGCGCGGUGGUGCUCGGCAUCAUCCUCGUCGUCACCAUCCACCCUGGCCGCGGAGACUCCGAGUCCAUCGCCAGGGCAGGCACCUCGAGAAACGUCACCACUCAUGACACACUCAUGGAUCUCGUUAGAAACAUGUUCCCGCCCAAUUUAGUACAAGCUUGCAUCUCACAGUACCGCACCGUUCUAAAAAUGCCCCCGCCUAAUGAAAACGGAACAGUGAAAAGUUUGCACGAGUGGGAGAUCACGCACGAAUACGCCGACGGCACCAACAUCCUGGGUCUGGUGGUGUUCUCCACCGUGAUGGGCAUCACCCUGGGCAAGAUGGGACCCAAGGGGGCCCCGCUGCUCGGCUUUUUCAGCUCGCUCAGCCAGGCCAUGAUGAUCAUCACCGGCUGGGUUAUUUGGGUAUCGCCGAUCGGCGUGCUUUUCCUGAUCGCCGCCAAACUGCUGGAGAUGGAGAGCUUCGAUGUGAUAGUGGGCCAGUUGGGCAUGUACUUCAUGACUGUGCUCGUGGGAAUCUUCUUCCACGGAUUUGUGGUGCUGCCCAUCAUCUUCGUUGUCUUCACGCGCACUCUGCCCUUCAAGUUCAUCGGCAACAUGGCUCAGGCACUGGCCACCGCCUUCAGUACUGCGUCAAGUUCUGCGACCCUGCCUGUGGCCAUCGCUGCCCUUGAGGACAAGAACGGCGUCGACCCGCGCGUGGCCCGCUUUGUGAUGCCGAUCGGCGCCACGAUCAACAUGGACGGCACCGCUUUGUACGAGGCCGUGGCAGCUAUUUUCAUCUCGCAGGUGCGCAAGGUGCCUCUUUCCUUGGGCAAUAUCAUCGCAAUCAGCAUUACAUCGACCGCCGCGAGCAUCGGCGCUGCCGGCAUCCCGCAGGCCGGCCUGGUCACCAUGGUGAUGGUGCUGGACACCGUGGGACUGCCCGCCGAGGAUGUCACCUUGAUUAUUGCAGUCGACUGGCUUCUUGAUCGGUUCCGAACAAUGAUCAACGUGCUGGGUGACUCGCUCGGCGCCGGCCUGGUGAACCACCUGAGCAAGGCAGAGCUGGAGAACUCUCCAUUGACGGGAGACCUGGAAAAACAGGACAACGUGAACGGCAAGUUGUCUGCCGACAGACCAAACGAAGAGUGUGCGUCUGUCUAAGCGCGGGUGCGAGCCUCAUUUUAACAAAAUGCGUUGAUAAAAUAAUGGUAAAUUGCAACCAGACACACUCACCAGCCCAGUCAUCGGCGAUUUUAACAGGAAACCCUUGUGCGUUGUCUUUUCUAGUGCCGCUGAUGCGAGAUGAGCGAGAAAGAGAGAACGAGAGAACGAGUGAGGUGCGUUGCAUUCCACAAUUCGGACAUGUGUGUGUCUGAAACUCUUUGGCACAUCCGCUGACCUACUCAGUAUCACACAAACAACUCGCUGUCACAUUUACAACUAUGUCUAUAGCUAUUAUAUCGAUUUACAUUCGUUCACAUGGUGCAAAUUUAUUGAUCGUCAGGGUUUUGUUCUAGCUUCUCCGAUUUCUUUGGGAACUAAAACACACUAUGAACGCACACACGCUAACUCAAAUUGAAAUGACAAUAAUUUUACCCUAGAGCUACGAUCUAAGGUAAUAUACACAUAUGAUAAUGCGUAAGUGGGAAGUAUAUACUUAUUAAUAUUGCGCGAUUGGUUCCAAACCGGAUGUGUUUUCAAUUCAAAUAAAUUGUCUCUUUUCCGAAGCAAAAUGUGAGUCAGUCAGGGGAGGAUUAAGUAAUAAGAAAGGAGCUACUGUUAUAACACUAACUUGAUGAUAAUUAUACACAAACAAACACACACAUAGAGAGGUAGGGUUAUCACUGACAAGCAUAAAUAGCUAUCUUCUCUCGUCUUUUUUUUGCGAUCAACACUCUUACAAAGUAAGUUUGUGAAUGUAUUUAUUGCUGAUGUUCAGUAUUUGCGAUCAUAUUCUCUGUGACAAUAUGCGUAAAAAUAGAGUUUACUGUUGACAAAGUUUAAAAUUCUGGAUUAUGUAUUAGAUGAUGAGAGUUGCUAUAUAUUGUGAAAGGAAAAAUGUCUGGCACAUUUGUGGAAAAGAGGGAUGUUUGAUUUUAUUUUGCAAAAAUACGGACUCUAUUUUUAAUCCAAGCAAAUAAAAAAAAAAUUCUUACACAGUAGGAUACUUGUAUUUUGGGCUUAUUCCUCGACUACUUUGUUGAGUAAAAUUCCUCGGGACUCAAUUUACAACUAUUAUACCCACCAAUCGAUCGAUGUACUAAUUAUAAUUCAAUGCAGGACAGGGAAUUUUCAUUGUUUUAACAGAAGAAUAUAAAGAUGGAUGAAAUUUUGAGCUUUGCCGAGAUCAAAAUGAGUAUAUUUAAUAAUAUCGAAUUUUAAGAAUUUUUUAGCUAGCUAUCUCGUUCCCCAAACCAUUCCAGCAAGUGUUCGCGAAAUUUUAGACUUCAAAACGGAAUAUUUUCCCUGUACACCACGAGCUAACAUGUGAUUUUAAGCAUAAACUAUGAAAGAGUAUGUUGAAAAUUGCAUUAACACCAUUUGUCCAGUUUUUCCUGCAGCAGCAAAUUUUCAAAAUAGCAACAACAGCUGCCUUCAAACGUUCUAAGGUCCAAUUUUCAAAUCACCUUGUCAAAAUUUAAAUAUAUUCUUCACACGUUUUAGAAUGGUCUAUUUAUCCAGAACAGUACACAGUAAAAAAAACUUAAUUUCCGGAUAUCAAAUUGUGAUUGACAAAUUUAGAAUCAAAAUGGUGUGAAGCCGCAGAAAAGUUUCGGGUUUAGAAUUGCACAAGCCCCCCGCAAGCAUUUGCUUUUCGCAUAUUUGGGAACAGGAUUGACAAAUUAAUAUAGCCUAGUAUGUAAGCGAUUGAAUUUGUUGUUGAAAACAAAAAUUUACCCAGAAAACGAGAGUUUGUAUGUGUAGCGUGUACUAAUGAAUUUACUGUAAGAAUGUCAAGGCAUAUUUCUCUUAGCUCUAGGAUAAAUAUAUUUGACGUGGCCCAAACGAAGUUAAUAGUCGGAUUUGUCGCAAUUCUCACUCCAAAGCAAACUAAUUAUGUAUUUAUAAUUUUAGUAAAUUAAAAGGUUACCUCUGCACCGCACCAAUUAAUGAAUAACGUGUGACGAUGAAAAAAAAACACACAACAAAAGAUUUGUAUGCUUCUAAUAUGCAUUUAUGAGAGACUUCUGGUUAGUGUUUAAUAAUGUUCAUCAAAGUAUAUCAAUUAUAUAUUGUACUAUUCAAACGCAAAACCUCACACAAGAUGGAGAAAAGAAUAGAUGUAAAGCGCUCUUAUACUGCUACCGACCCUCGAGCUGAAAUUUUUUAUCUGCUGAAGAAAAUCGUUCAGGCCACGAUGAAAUCUUUCGAGUUCCACUCAGGGUGAGAUGGUUUAUUAUCAUUUAGAACUUGAGUUUGAAAUGCAGGGCAAAAUUGAAUAUAAACAUAUAUUAUUUUUCGUUUAAAACCAGUUAAUCGUUUGGGCGAAUUUUGUGUACUAAAGAGUCACUGUAUAAUCCAUAUCAUCGCAGCAUUAAAAUUGUUUCCACCUUCUUUUGCCAGUUGUGGACUUUGUUGGUCGAGGCAAAAACUAAAUAAAUACCAUUGUUCUUAAAAAUAAAGUGUUCUCUCAUAUACACAA